AUGUGGGGACAAAAACAGGGUUCUAACCAAAGUAGCAACGUUUCAGAUCAAGCGAAACAAGCACGAGAUGGAAGGAGUUCAGCAGAACUCAGCACACAUUCUAAAAAAGAUGGGACUGAUAGUUCAUUGUAUGAUUCUGGUCGAACAGAUUCCGGAUUCUUAUCUGGGGCCAACCUUCACUCCGAGACGAUUGUUUCUGAAGAAAUUAGAUCUCCAUCGCCGAAGACUUCAAAACCAGAUGUGGACAAACUCCAUUCAAAAAGUUAUUCAAGGCUCGAUAGUGGUGUUGAUGUAUUGUCAGAUGAUAUUAGUGAACUGUGUAUAGAUGAUGCUAGUUAUGAUUAUGAUGAUAAAACAAAUAUAAUGGUUAGUAAAUCUAAUAUUGGACCUGAACCAGAGCCUAAAAGAGUUCCAGAUUCACCAAGCCUAAAGCAACCUGUUGCUCAUGAAACCACCAGAACCUAUUGGGAAUAUUAUUUUGAACAGGAUGAUGAAGGUGACACGUACCUUCAUAUAGCUAUAAUUCAAGGAUUUGUUGAUGUUGUGUUUAAUUUAAUAAAGCUUGUACCUAGAGCUUCAUUUUUAGAUAUUAGGAACGAUAUGAGACAGACCCCUCUGCACCUUGCCGUAAUAACAGGGCAAUCUUCAAUAGUCAGGCGGUUAGUUUGUGCUGGAGCAGACACAAGAACAGUUGACCACGACGGUAACACACCUUUACACAUUGCUGUAGCAGCCGGUGACCUAACUUGCGUUAAGGCUCUCACCGAUCCUGUGGUUAUUCCAGAAGUAUUAGCUGCCCAACUUCAAUAUUCUGCGCCACCAAUUCGACCACCAUUACCUGAUCUCUACAAUUAUGAAGGAUUAACUUGCGUACACAUUGCCAUCAUGGGAGGACAAAUCUCAAUUCUAAGGCAUCUUGUUCUUCGGUUUGGAGCCAACAUUAAUGCCAGGGAAUGUAAAGGAGGUAUGACUUGUUUACACAUGGCUUGCGAAGCAGGUAAUGAACAGCUUACUCUAAUGCUGCUCAAAGAUAUGAAAGCUAACCCAGCCAUCCAAAAUUAUGCAGGAGCUACCCCUUACGGUGUGUCGCGUGGUCGUACAGGUAUCAUCAUGGCACUUUUAGCUUAUGGUGCUUCUCCAGAAAUCGAUGAUGAAUCAGAAGAUGAAGACGAUGAUGAAUCAGAUGAUUUCCAAAUGUACGGGUUUAAGGAUCUUCAUAUCAAUGGAGUUGUGAAUGCUACUGCUUAGCACGACUAAGAUAUCAUGAGUAGUUGUGUUUAAGAUUAUUAUAAUUACAUUAGCACUCAUUGUUCUUCUUCUACUGUUAAGAACAAAUGUUAAUGUGCUAAAAUACAAGAAUUAUGUAAAAAAAGAUACUAUCGCUGUGCAAUCUUGGAUGAAUGUUUAUAGUAGAGAAUGAUUAAAGAAUGAAGGUGACGCAAAUGUUUGUGUAAAUAAAUAUUUUAUGUAUUUAAGUAACUGAAUGAUGCCAAACUUAAACCACGAUGUUCAUAAUUAUUUGCCCGUGUUUAUGUAUAUAAUUGUAAUUGUGGUCCUGCUGUAGGAUUGUUAACUGUUGUGUUAUUAAUUUCUAUUUCAUUCCUAUUUUUUUUCUUAUGAAUGAAAAAGUUGAAGAUUAGAAAGACUCAACGUACUAGAUUCUAGUCAUUGAGGUUUAAUUAAAGGGU